AUGUCUUCGGUCUGGAACCCCGACAAUGUACGCGACGUGGCCGAAUCGGUGGGCAUCGCCUCACUUGCCGACAAUGUGGUCGAAGAGCUGGCACGCGACGUCGACUUCCGCUUGGCACAGGUGCUAGAGGAGGCCCUCAAGUUCAUGCGACACGGGAAGCGGACUACGCUGAGCACACAGGAUAUAUCCAAUGCCCUCAAGGUGUUGAAUGUGGAGCCCCUCUACGGCUACGAGUCUACCCGACCGCUGCGCUUCGGUGAGGCUUCGCUGGGGCCCGGCCAGCCCUUGUACUAUGUCGAAGACGAAGAGGUCGAUUUCGAGAAGCUCAUCAACGCCCCACUGCCCAAGGUGCCACGGGAAAUCACCUUCACGGCACACUGGCUCGCUGUCGAAGGGGUCCAGCCUUCGAUACCUCAGAACCCCAACACCAACACCGGCGAUCUCUUGCCCAAGGGACCCAACGCGAAUCCUCACUUGGCCGCGGCUAACGGCCUGGACAACGUCAACGUCAAACCGCUCGUCAAACAUGUGCUAUCCAAAGAAUCGCAAGAGCUUUUCAACAAGCUGUCGGGCGCCCUCAUCGACGAGACGAACAUCGAAUGGCAGAACGCGGCACUUGCUGCGAUCUCGACGGAGCCGGGCAUUCACCAGCUGACGACCUACCUCCUUAGCUUCAUAGCCGAGAAGGUUACACACAAUAUGAAGAACCUGUUCAUCUUGACACAGAUGAUGCGUGCCGCAGAGGCGCUGUUGAAGAACCAGGCCAUCUACCUCGAUCCCUACGUGGCAUACAUGGUACCGCCCAUCCUGACGUGCUGCACAGGCGGCAAGGUAGGACCAGCAAACCCUGCGCCAUCCAACGCCUCUUCAGAGACGCUGAACGGAACCAUACCCGACCACAACCGUGCUACCCAAGAUGCAUUCUACCUGCGAACGCUUGCAGCCCACCUCCUCAAAGACAUUUGCCGGAAGCACGCGUCGUCGAAUCAAGGCCUCAAGGCACGAAUCGCACGCACCUGCCUGAAGCAGUUUAUGGAUCCCGACAAAUCAGUCGGAACACACUUUGGCGCUCUACAAGCGUUGCUCCUCGUCCUAGGCGCCGGUGACGCACUGAGAGGACUCAUCCUACCGAACAUUAAGAUGUACAACGAUGACUUCCUCUCUAAAAAGCUCGCCGACGAGAGCACGAGGCACGACACUGAGAUACUGCUUGCAGUACUCGUGGGCUCCUUCCCCGCCCUGGUACCCAAAAGCAUGAGAGAGCGGAAACAGAGGGAACAACAUGAGGGAACAUACACAGCACCAGACCUUGACGACGUCCGAGAGCAACUCGUCAGCAAGGUCGGCAAUCUCGUGGCCGCCCACUUGAUUGAGAAGAAGAUGGAUCUCGAAGUGCAAGAGAUCCUUAGGAAGGACUUUGACAUUUGA